AUGAAAAUCCGAGGAAAUAGAAAACUAGUGGAGUUUGGUGGUGAGCGUGAAUUUGCAGAAAUUAUGUCAAAGACUUUUUGUCUUUGAUCUGUAUAUCAUACGUAUUAGAGUGGUGCAACAGGAGUGUGGUAGGCCUCGACCUUUGAGUCUGAGUUUUGUGCAGGAGUGCAUUUUCUUUGUGGAAGGGCUAAUUCCAUGAUCUUUGCGGAUCAGCAAUGAUUGAAUUCCAUAGGAAUUUGAUCAUUGCUGUGAUGACGAUGAUGAAGAUGUGAUAACAGUAGUAACCUCGACUUUUCUCAGCUUUAGCAAAAGAGCAUGUGAAGCCACCGUUUUUCAGUUACGAAGAACUCAAAACGGCUACGAAUAAUUUCUCUAGUUCCAACGAGUUAGGAAAAGGUGGAUUUGGCACUGUUUUCAAGGCUGAACUAGCAGAUGGCAGUGUUGUUGCUGUGAAGAGACUCACUCCGACAAAGCACAGUACGUCAGACUUCUUGAAAGAAAUGGUAAACAUCUCGGGUAUCAAACAUAGACAUCUGAUUCAACUCAAGGGAUGUUGUGUAAGGGAUCACCAACGAAUGCAGAUUUACGAAUACGCGGAGAACAAGAGCCUCGCAGAAGCACUGUUUGGAUCAGGUCCUCAAUGUGCGACCGUCUUGAACUGGAAACAACGUUACAACAUAUGCUUGGGAAUAGCCCGUGGACUUGCUUACUUACAUGAAGAAUUGCAGCCGGGUAUGAUUCACAGAGACAUAAAGCCGGCAAAUAUUCUUCUGGACAAGAAUUACAACGCAAAGAUUGCCGACUUUGGACUCGUCCUGCCCGCCAAUGAUUCAAAAGACACUCAACUCACCCUUAACAUUCCAGGAACGAGGGGCUACUUUUCACCAGAGUAUGCAAUAGAAGGUGUCGUAUCCGAGAAACUGGAUGUGUAUAGCUUUGGUGUUGUCUUGCUGGAAAUCGUUGCUGGAAGACAGUGCAUCGAUCUGAAGUUUCCAGAGGAACAAAGUACUCUACGCUCCUGGGCUAUAGUGUUGUACACGGAAGGCAAGGUUUUGAACUUGGUCGAUAAAAGAUUAGAGGGUUAUUACGACGAAGAAGAAGUCCUGCUCGUGGUGGACAUGGCUCUGCCUUGUCUGAAAACAGAUCCCAAGAAACGCGCAACGGUGUCUGAACUGGUGAGCGUCCUCAUGAAGAACUCAAAUGCAAGUGUAGGUGUGGACGUCGUCAACGAGCUAAAACUCCAGACACCAUACGUGUCGAGCAUAACAGAGGACGAAGACUACGUGGAUACCUAUGCUGGUAGCCCAGGCGUUCAAGGAGAAUCAGAUGAACUUUCUUUGAUGUCAUCAUUUGCCACCGACUCACAAGUCUCGGCUAGGGUGCCUGGAUAG